UAGCUACAAAUGUAUCUCCAUAAUGGCAAGUGGAGGCGGCGAUAAGGUUGAAUUUCGUAAUAUUGAUGACAUUGGAUUAUCAGAAGAAGACCCAGUUGGAUUUGUGCGAGUUGUGGUGCUGAUUCCUGACUUUAAGAUCACCAAGAAGUUCAUGGGGAAAAGUGAGGCUGCCAGGGGCUCGAAGGUUGUUGUGCAGAUUGAAGAAAGGUCAAUGCUGCUUGAAGCAACUGUCAAAGAUAAGAAGAAAGGAAUUCUAGUGACGCAUAAACUUGAGUAUAGAGUUCUGCCACACCCUGUGGAUAAAUCCAAAUCGAAACAUAAGUUGGAGGAUGGAAGAAUAAUCAUCUUGUUAAAGAAGAAGGACGAUAUCUCUUGGACUGAGUACAUGAUGUCAGAGCACGGUCUUGAGACGGAUAUCCCGAGCUGAGAUUGUGAACUUGUGUGCCUUGAACCAACAAUGCUGUUAACUACUACUCCUAGUAUGCAAAUACACUGUCUUCGAUAGAUCUGCAUGGUGAAGAUAUAUGUGGAAGUAGACAUCCUAUGUUGUGGGCUUUCAUCUCAUUUUUAUAAAUGUUAUUGGGUCUAUUAUCAUUGCACAUGCAAUGAAACAGUCUCGUGUCUUUAUUGCUGAAGAUCUUUUGACAAGUAACAAUACCUCUGUAUAUCUAUUUUUACACGAUUUGUUACAUGUACCACUAAUCGUUUAUCAUAGUCCUUCUUCAGAAUUCAACAUUUAGUGCAUUAAUCGGCAGUUAGUGGAAAUGGUAUGUGUACCAGAUUAUGUGGAUCAUGGCACAAUUGUGAGACCAGCAGAUGAGGCCGUUACAGGACCAGUGCUGCCACCUGAACAGAGACCAAGGUACCUGGUAGGGGAUUGGGUGUGCCGAACUGCUCCCAUACAGUGGACUCCUCUGUUACCAGAACAUCCUCUGUACUAAGGAUAGUGAAUCUGGUCCAAAAUUAGUUAUUUCCAGCCAAUUUGACCUAUGUUAUCAGGACAGCAUUGGUCUGUCCUGGGUGUGUCCUUAAUAGAGAGGUUCUACUGAUCUGGUAUGUGGGUUUUGUUAGAGGAAUCUAUAACUGAUAUUUUUACAUUUACUGUAAAGUCACUGUCCUUUUUAUUGCUAAAAUUUGAACAUGCAUCCACUGAAUUACUCUAUCAAUAAUGAUAAUCCUGGAAGGGUUUGGUGGGAGUAUGGGAUAUUGUUAAUUCACCAUAUCACAGCUGAUUUUGGCACCAUUCUUGCCACAAAUCUGCCAUUGAGAGACUCCCAGUGUCAAUAAUACACUAGUCUUAUUUAUUCUGCUGCAUGUAGUAUAGAUAUAUCAAUCAAAUGUUCUUUGCAUCAUUAGUUUUAGACCUUCUGUGGAUAAACUGCAGCCAAAAUUAAAAGGACAGUGACCCGAAAAGGAUUUUUUUCCAGAUAACUUUCUUACAAAACUAUUAUAUAAUGUGCAAUGAUGUUGAAAUAAACUUCGAGCGUUAAAAAGUU